CCCGCUCCCCACAAUAACUCUCUCUCCUUUUCUCUCAAGUUCUUCACUUUCCCAAGAAUUUUUUUUUUUUUUUUCCAGCCGUCCACUAGAUUCCCGGAAACAGAAUUCUCUGUCUCAAAACACUACCAUGAAGAAAUCAGGACUCUUCGCCGCGUCCGCUGCCGCCGCAGCAUCUGCCAUCUCCGCUUCUUCCUCCUCCCCCAAUUCCAAGAUUCAGAUUUCUUGCGAGGAGACAAUCUCGAGAAAAAGUAAUGAAAACAGCUCUUCUUCUUCGGAGAAGUUUGCACCCAGGUUCGAUGGGUUGAGGUUUAUUGAAACACUGAUCACUGCUCACAGAUAAAUCCUGAUUUUCAAGGGCCACAAUGAUUUUUAGGCUAAUCUUAUUUAUUUUCUUAAAUUUAGUGUUCACAAAACUGAUACUUGCGAAGUCAUUUACAAUGUGUUAUAGAGAGAGAGAGAGAGAGAGAGAUUGUACUGCAGGAUCUGGGAUGAAUUGUUUUUAUCAGAUCUCUGAGUUUUUUUUUUUUUCUUCAACUUCAUUUUUAUUUUAAAUAAAAAAUCUGUGUACUUUUGAGUUGUCA